AUGUUUGCACAGUUAGCGCCAUCGCCGUCGCCUUCUCCGGCGAACCUUAGCCACUUCGUAAAUCGCCGGAGCUUUCGUAUCUUCACAUUCGCCGUCUCAGCUUCUCUUCCCACUGCAAAUCCUUCUCGUCCACCAAUUCAGGCAAAUAAUCCUCUUUUCUUCUACUUUAUUGUUGGAGGAAAAGAUUUGAAUUUGGAUGCCACACGAAAGGAUGAUUCAAAAAGGUUUACAUUAGAAGCAAACGAAGAAGAAAUUGAUUGGAUGAAUCUAGAAUCUGAUAUUCGUCUCUGGACCAGAGCAUUACGUCCUGUUCAGUGGUAUCCAGGGCACAUAAUGAAAACUGAAAAGGAACUUAGGGAACAGCUUAAGCUGAUGGAUGUUGUGAUAGAAGUUCGAGAUGCGAGGAUUCCUUUAUCGACCACUCAUCCAAAGAUGGAUGCGUGGCUUGGGAAUAGGAAACGGAUAUUGGUAUUAAAUAGAGAAGAUAUGAUAUCGAACGAUGAUCGAAAUGAUUGGGCGAGAUACUUUGCAAAGCAAGGAAUAAAAGUCAUUUUCACUAAUGGCAAACUUGGGAUGGGAGCUAUGAAGCUAGGUCGGUUAGCAAAAAGUUUAGCAGGUGAUGUAAAUGGGAAACGGCGAGAAAAAGGACUUCUCCCUAGAUCAGUUAGAGCUGGAAUAAUUGGAUACCCUAAUGUUGGAAAAUCAUCAUUGAUCAAUCGUUUAUUGAAGCGGAAAAUUUGCGCAGCAGCUCCAAGACCAGGUGUUACUAGAGAAAUGAAAUGGGUCAAGCUUGGGAAAGAUCUUGAUCUGUUAGAUUCACCUGGAAUGCUUCCUAUGCGUAUUGAUGAUCAAGCAGCUGCUAUAAAGCUUGCGAUUUGCGAUGACAUUGGAGAGAAAGCUUACGACUUCACUGAUGUUGCUGGAAUCCUUGUACAGAUGCUAGCACGGAUUCCAGAAGUAGGCUCAAAGGCUCUUUACAACCGAUACAAGAUUCAGCUGGAAGGUGGCUGCGGUAAAAAAUUUGUGAAGACGCUUGGUCUUAACUUGUUCGGUGGAGAUAGUCAUCAAGCUGCAUUUAGAAUACUUUCGGAUUUUCGCAAAGGCAAAUUUGGGUAUAUCUCAUUGGAGAGACCUCCUCUGUGA